AUGGAUGUCCAAUUGAUGAUGGCUGUUAUAGUUUUCUGGCCACUGAUUGCUGCUUUCAUCGCCACAACUCAGAGAUCCGCAUCAGCCUCGAUGCGGAUUGAUUUUUAUGAUCAAACCUGCCCAAAUGCUGAGAAAAUCGUAUUCGCCCAGAUGAAGGAAAUUCUCCGCAGACCCGAAUUCAACAACGCCCCUGCGCAGCUGCUCCGCCUCUUUUUCCACUAUUGCGGGCCUUUCUACCCUCUCUACACCGGGAGAAGAGACAGCAGAUCCUCUCACUUCGACAAAUCCGCAAAUGAGAUUCUGAGACCGACCGAAACCAUCGAUGUGACGCUUAAGCUAUUCGCCGAUCGAGGAUUCACAGUUAGGGAAACUGUCGCACUUCUGGGAGGACACAGCAUUGGUUUCAUCAACUGUGAUUUUAUAGUGUCCAGAGUCAACGUCAGCAACCAUCGCGAUCCGCACAUUGAUGAACAUUUCAAAGAGGAAAUACUAGAAAGGUGUGAGGACACAAACAACAACUUCAGCAUGAUGGAGCCUGGACUGUCCUUCUCAUCUUCUCCGCUGAGAUCCCAUUUCGGAACUUAUUACUUCGAAUCGCUGACCAGAGGAAGGGGCCUACAGUUCUCCGAUAUGGAGUUAAUGCUUAACGAAGAAACGCGAAGCGUGGUUGAAGAAUAUGUUUCAGACGAUGAAACCACGUUUCAAAGAGACUUCACCAGAGCCUUGGUUAAGAUGUCGAAUUUGGUUACUGUAACCGGGUUCUCAAGGUGA